AUGCAUAUCUCACCAUCCUACCUCUUCAUCGCCUUCCUCGCCGCAGCAUCAUCAUCAUCGACUUCUCGUGUCGCUGCUGCCCCGUGGAGACUCCAACACGGACACGGGCAUGAACAUGGACAUGGACAUCAUGGCCGUCCAGCAGGGUCGUGGAGAACGGGAUCAGAAGUACUAGAGGAGUUUGUCGUUAUUUCCCCUUUUGUGCCUUCGCAUGCUGCUUGCUCUUCAUCUUCGUCGGUUGUUCCGUCAUCUCAUGCGCCGUCAUCUCAUCCUCCGUCAUCUGCUCCUAGUAUUGCGAUCGCUUCUCAAACACUGCCAUCCACGCUCUCGUCGAUAGUGAAGCCGAGCUCAUUCUCUCCUUUGGAGCAGACGUCGUCGUCAUCAUCAUCAAGACCAUCGCCAACGCCAUCGUCACUCUCGCCAUCACUAUCCUCGCCGCCCUCUUCAACGCCAGCAGUAGCAGUCACUAAGAGCACUCCACAUCCCAACCCUCCGAAAAAGACCUGUCCAGCCAACGCCCCUCGACACUGCUGCGAGUCCAUCCAGGAACUGACGCACAGCGUGACGGAUUCGUUGUCAGAUCUUCUCCCGGUGCUGGGCGACAUUGACGUUAAGUCCAUAAUCGGGAUUAGCUGCACACCCAUGCCAGAGAGCUGGCCGGAUUCGUUCUGUCUCGACACGGUGCUAUGUUGUAGUGCUGAGCCUUUGGCCGGCCCUUCAUUGUUGACGAUCGGGUGUAAUCCGCCGUGA